UCGCCAGUUUUUUGGACCCAUUCAUUCCUAUAUAUUGCCGGCUGCUCUCUCCCACUCGUAUAAAAAGACCGAUUCCAUCACACCUCCUUUGGCAGAAACAAAGAAGAAUUUAACUCAUCAUCAUACAAAAGGCAGAGGGGCGAUCGAGGCUCUCAUCAGAUUUUUGAAGCUCUUCUCCACCAAACCCCCCACCACCCACGUAUAUCUCAUCUCUCAUCCCUCUGAUCUCUCUCUCUCUCUCUUGCUUGCGUUCUACAAAACCAAACAGCAAUAGUCUUAAUUUCAGAAACCCCACCUAUAGCUAGCUAGCUUCAAGUUCUUCAUAUAAUUAUUAACAACAUCGAUCGGAGACAGAGAAAGAGAAAGAGCCCAGAAAAGCAAAAGACUACAGGGUGAUUGGGAAGAGAGAGAUUAAUAAAUAAUGGAUCUGGACAAGACGAGGCCGCCGAGCGGCAGCCGGAGAAGCGGGAGUAGGAGGAUGAGCAGGAGCUUCAGCCGGAGCAUGGGGGAGGUGAUCGCCAGCGUCAGCCACGCGAGCCGCCGGAGCAGCCACGCCGAGGAAGACGAGGAAGCCUUGAGAUGGGCCGCUUUGGAGAAGCUGCCAACCUACGCCCGGCUGCGCACUAGCAUCCUCAAAUCUUACGCCGAGAACGGCGAGGUGGGGAACCACGCCACCCACAAGGAGGUCGACGUGAGGAAGCUGGAUGGCAACGAGCGUCAACAGUUCAUCGACAAGUUCUUCAGAGUGGCAGAGGAAGACAACGAGAAGUUCUUGAGAAAGUUCAGGAACCGAAUUGACAAGGUGGGGAUAAACCUUCCGACAGUAGAAGUCAGGUUCGACCAUUUGACCAUCGAAGCAGAUUGCUAUGUCGGCGACAGAGCUCUUCCCACACUCCUCAACACAGCUCGGAACAUCGCCGAGUCGGCUCUCGGUUCCAUCGGAAUCACCUUCGCCGAGAAAACCAAGCUCACCAUCCUCAAAGAUGCCUCCGGCAUAAUCAAACCCUCAAGGAUGGCGCUUCUGUUGGGCCCGCCGUCAUCGGGGAAGACGACCCUCCUGUUAGCGCUCGCCGGAAAGUUGGACAAAAGCUUGAAGGUGAGAGGAGAAGUGACUUACAACGGACACAAGAUGAAUGAGUUCGUGCCGCGGAAGACGUCCGCGUACAUCAGCCAGAACGACGUUCACAUCGGAGAGAUGACCGUGAAGGAAACCCUAGAUUUCUCCGCCAGAUGCCAGGGCGUCGGGUCUCGAUACGAACUCCUGACUGAGCUUGCAAAGAGGGAGAGAGAUGCCGGCAUUUUUCCCGAGGCAGAGCUCGACCUCUUCAUGAAGGCAACCGCCAUGGAAGGAGUUGAAAGCAGCCUCAACACAGACUACACCCUUAGGAUAUUGGGAAUGGAUGUAUGCCGGGACACCAUAGUCGGCGAUGAAAUGCAGCGAGGAAUCUCAGGAGGGCAGAAGAAGCGCGUGACAACGGGCGAGAUGAUCGUCGGGCCGACGAAGACUCUGUUCAUGGACGAGAUAUCGACGGGUCUGGACAGCUCGACAACGUUUCAGAUAGUGAAGUGCUUGCAGCAGAUUGUGCACCUGACAGAGGCCACCAUCUUCAUGUCUCUGCUGCAGCCUGCUCCCGAGACAUUCGAUCUUUUUGACGAUAUCAUACUCUUGUCAGAGGGCCAGAUCGUGUACGAGGGCCCUCGCGAGCACGUUGUUGAGUUCUUCGAGAGCUGCGGGUUCAAAUGCCCCGAAAGAAAAGGCACAGCUGAUUUCUUGCAAGAGGUUACCUCGAGGAAGGAUCAAGAGCAGUACUGGGCGGACAAGAGAAAGCCGUACAGAUAUGUGACAGUGACAGAGUUCGCAAGCCAAUUCAAGCGUUUCCACGUGGGGCUGCGCCUCCAGAACGAGCUCGCGGUGCCUUACGACAAGUCCCGGAGCCACAAAGCUGCUCUCGUCUACAAGAAAUACGCUGUCCCCACGAAGAAGCUUCUCGAGGCCACCUUCGACAAGGAAAUACUGUUGAUCAAGAGGAAUUCCUUCGUUUACAUCUUCAAGACUUGCCAACUGAUCAUGGUGGCGCUCGUCUCCUCCACCUUGUUUCUGAGGACUAAAAUGCAUACUAGGAACCAGGACGAUGGAAAUCUCUACAUUGGUGCGGUUCUGUUCGGCAUGAUCAUCAACAUGUUCAAUGGCUACGCUGAACUCUCCAUGACGAUUCAGAGACUUCCGGUGUUUUACAAGCAAAGGGAUCUUCUGUUUCAUCCGCCUUGGGCUUUCACCCUCCCCAAUUUCCUCCUCCGGAUCCCAAUUUCCAUUUUCGAAUCCAUUAUUUUCAUGGCUAUAACAUAUUACACCAUUGGAUUAGCACCCGAAGCCAGCAGGUUCUUCAAGCAAUGGCUAGUGGUGUUUCUGAUCCAACAAAUGGCCGCUGGGCUUUUCAGGCUCAUUGCCGGGCUCUCCAGGACCAUGAUCAUUGCCAACACUGGUGGAGCUCUAGUUCUCCUCCUUGUGUUCGAGCUUGGUGGCUUCAUCCUUCCCAGAGAAUCAAUCCCCAAGGGGUGGAAGUGGGGUUUUUGGGUUUCCCCUAUGUCCUAUGGUUUCAAUGCUUUGGCGGUAAAUGAGAUGUAUGCGCCGCGAUGGAUGAACAAAAAGGCUUAUGAUAAUGUUACACCACUGGGCAAGGCAGUGCUACAUUCGUUCGAUGUCUUCAUGGAUAAAAACUGGAUUUGGAUUGGGGCAGCGGCACUUUUGGGGUUCGCUGUUCUGUUCAAUGUUCUCUUCACCCUUGCUCUUAUGUACUUGAACCCUCUUGGGAAGCCACAAGCUAUAAUUUCCAAGGACACGGCCGCUGAGAUGGAAGCUAACCAAGCAGAAUCCAGGGAAGCACCAAGGCUUAGACCAACCAGAUCAAGCAGAGAUACAGUCCCUCGAUCCUUAUCUGCUGCUGACGGAAACAAUACCAGAGAAAUGGCAAUCCAGCGAAUGAGCAGUCGAUCCAACCCCAAUGGAGUAAGCAGAAGAAAUGAAGACUCAAGCCUAGACAAUGCAGGUGGAGUUCCAGGCAGAAAAGGAAUGGUUCUCCCCUUUACUCCUCUUGCCAUGUCCUUUGACAGCGUUAACUACUUCGUGGAUAUGCCUGGGGAGAUGAAGGACCAGGGAGUGACAGAGGACAGGCUCCAAUUACUUCGGGAAGUAACCAGCACAUUUAGGCCAGGGGUCCUGACUGCACUGAUGGGAGUCAGUGGUGCAGGAAAAACAACUCUAAUGGAUGUUCUAGCAGGAAGGAAGACAGGUGGUUACAUUGAAGGUGACAUUAGAAUUUCUGGAUUUCCCAAGAAACAAGAGACCUUCGCCAGAAUUUCAGGAUACUGUGAGCAAACUGACAUCCACUCACCUCAAGUCACUAUUCGUGAAUCUUUGAUCUUUUCAGCAUUUCUUCGGCUCCCUCAGGACGUUCGUAAGGAGGAUAAGAUGGUAUUUGUGGAUGAGGUGAUGGAUUUGGUUGAACUAGAAAGUCUCAAGGAUGCCGUUGUAGGGAUGCCAGGAAUUACCGGUUUGUCAACAGAACAGAGGAAAAGAUUGACAAUAGCAGUGGAACUGGUUGCUAAUCCAUCGAUCAUAUUCAUGGAUGAACCAACUUCUGGACUCGAUGCAAGGGCAGCAGCAAUUGUCAUGAGAACUGUGAGAAACACAGUGGAUACAGGAAGAACUGUUGUUUGCACAAUUCAUCAACCCAGUAUUGACAUCUUUGAAGCAUUUGAUGAGCUGCUACUGAUGAAAAGAGGAGGGCAAGUGAUUUACUCUGGACCACUGGGGCGGAAUUCUCAUAAGAUUAUUGAAUAUUUUGAGGCAAUCCCGGGAGUUCCAAAAAUUAAAGAAAAAUACAAUCCAGCAACAUGGAUGCUAGAAGUGAGCUCAAUUGCUGCAGAAGUCCGGCUUGGAAUGGAUUUUGCUGAAUACUACAAAUCAUCAGCCUUGGCCCAGAGGAACAAGGCUUUAGUGAAGGAGUUGAGCGUACCUCCAGCAGGGGCAGAAGAUCUAUUUUUCCCAACAAAAUUUUCUGAAUCAACAUGGGGACAAUUCAAAUCCUGCCUUUGGAAGCAGUGGUGGACUUACUGGAGAAGUCCAGAUUACAACCUUGUGAGAUUCUGCUUCACAUUACUUGCUUCCCUCCUGGUCGGAACAAUCUUCUGGCAGGUUGGAGGCAAAAGGGAGAACGCAGGUGACCUCAAUGUGGUCAUAGGGGCUAUGUAUGCGUCUAUCUUUUUCGUUGGAAUCAAUAAUUGUGGCACUGUACAGCCCGUAGUAGCUGUUGAAAGAACUGUAUUUUAUAGAGAAAGGGCUGCCGGGAUGUAUUCUGCAUUGCCAUAUGCCUUGGCACAGGUAUUGGUUGAACUACCAUAUGUGCUUAUUCAAGCCACCUAUUUCGCUCUCAUAGUGUAUGCCAUGGUGGGGUUCGAAUGGACAGCUGAAAAGUUCUUUUGGUUCUACUUCGUCACCUACACAUCCUUCCUCUACUUCACUUAUUACGGGAUGAUGACUGUUUCCAUUACACCAAACCACCAAGUAGCAGCUAUUUUUGCCGCCGCCUUCUAUGCAUUCUUCAAUCUUUUCUCGGGUUUCUUCAUUCCCAGACCGAAAAUUCCAAAGUGGUGGGUAUGGUAUUACUGGAUCUGCCCAGUGGCAUGGACCGUAUACGGGUUGAUUGCGUCACAGUACGGCGAUGUGACAGACACCAUAAAAGUUCCCGGGAUGGAUAAAGACCCAACACUGAAAUGGUACAUUAGACAUCAUUUUGGAUUCAGAAAAGACUUCCUUGGAGAAGUAUCUGCAGCCUUGAUUGGUUUUAGCUUCUUCUUUGCCUUCAUGUUCGCCUACUGCGUUAAAACUUUGAACUUCCAAACAAGGUAGACAAAGUUGUUCUCAAUGCUAUGGGGAGCCGAUGUUGCAGAUGGAUAAUGCUUAGAGAGAUGUAUUUUGACAAGUUUUGUUGUUUGAUUUUAUUUAUGUAAGGUGUAUUUUAUGACAAGCUUUGUUGUUUAAUUAUUUAUAUAAGGCAUAUUCUGAAUUUGACCUUAUAUGUUGAUAUCAAUAAAAUGUAAAAUUAUUUCAGCCAA